UGUCGGACGCAAUUGCGCGCUUCCGAUGGAUCCGGGUACUUCCGGCUGAGACGGACUGGUCAUGGUGCUGCUGGAAAAUGACUCGUUCCUGACAGAGCUAACAAGGCUUUUCCAGAAAUGCCGAACCUCAGGAAGCAUUUACCUCACCAUGAAAAAAUAUGAUGGUCGGACAAAACCAGUUCCGCGGAAAGGGAACCCUGACAAUUUUGAACCUGCUGAUAACAAGUGUCUCCUGCGGGCAACAGAUGGGAAAAAGAAGAUCAGCACAGUGAUAAGCUCCAAAGAAGUAAACAAGUUUCAAAUGGCAUAUUCAAAUCUGUUACGGGCGCACAUGGAUGGGUUAAAGAAGAAAGACAAGAAGAGCAAGAGUAAGAAGACGAAAGCCACACAGUGAUGUCAUGGUGUGUGGGUUUCCUGGGAGUGGGGUUGGGGGAGGAGGAGAGUUCACUUUACCAGUACCCGGCAUCUUAGAAAUUGCUCAUGUAUCGAAUGGAAUCGAUGUUGGGAGAGGAAUGAGUUCCAGAAGAGCAUUGAUUAAAUACACAAUACCACCAGUAAUGGAUAAAUAUUCCCCCACAUGACACAUCAUUUUGCAGUCCAUGGGCAAGUUUACAAAUAUCUAUCGUGGACAUCUGGUGGCAACAGCAAGAAUGAUGAAGGAAGUCUGUUGGGUAUCAGUUGGAAAAGCCUAUUAUCCUACAAUCAGUCUCCCCACCACCCUCCUUCAAUUAUUGUGCAGUUAACCAUAUUGUGACAAUAUUGUGAAGCAUCACAGGGCAUGACCAAAAACCUCUGAUCUUUGUCGGGAUUUGCUUCUGAUUAGUUCAUAAGCAAGUGGUCACUACAAGCAAAGAUCGUUUUACAUAGAUCAUAGUUACUGUGCAUUCUGUAACCUCAAAGGUGUGUUCCUCUGAUCAAUAGGUAUUCAUUUGAAUUAAUCUCAUUGAUAUAGUUGCACUGUCUGCUUCCCUUUAUCUCACAAUUGAAUGUUAUCCAAAUUUGCUGACCACCACUGAGACCAAAUCCUUAAUGUCACACGUGGGCAAUGGCCGUCAACUCCAAUAUAGAAGUCUUUUUCUCCUGCUAUUGUAGAACUAGCUAGAAAGAGCUGGUUUCUACAGUAACGGGAGAAGAGUCUCAUAGAAUUACAAAUCUUAAGCGUGAAUGUAAAAAGGGAGAAUCAAGUUUUGAUUUUCUUUAUUGGAGCAUUGACCUCUCUGGUGGGCUAGGAGCGAGUUUCUUGUUUAAAGAUUAAUAAAGUUUGUGCAAUGUGACUUAAGUUUCAUGCAAGGCUAGAUUAUGAUGUGACUUAUAUAUAUUGUAGAUUUGUAUUAAUUACAUUAAAAGCUUUCUCUGACUUUUUUCACUGCACCAAGAAUUGUUUUGUUUUUGUAGAGUUUAUGUUGGUAAGAGGUGGUAGGCCUGACCUGCUAUCAAUACUCACCCAAACUAUUGAUUGUCAGUUGAGUUUGUGCAGCAACUUGUACACAUACUGUUGGAGCUACUGGCUCUUGAAUAAGACAUUAAACCAAAGUUCACCUGUCCAGGAUGGAUGCAGCAGAUUCCAUUAACCUGCUUUUAAAAUCUAGGGAAUUUGUGGUUUCUUCAUUCAUCCCAAGUCAUUUAAACAGAUUGAGUGGCUAUCACCUUAUUUGAUUUUUGAGAU